GGUGGGGUUUUCUUGAUGUAUAUUUGUAAAGGGAAAUCUUGUACCUGUUUUGAAACAUUCUAUUUUUCUUAUUGUGAAAUCAUUAGAUGCCUCGUGCCUCGCGCGCUUCGUCUCUAGCCAAGAUGAAGUGGAAGAGGAUUCUUUCCAUGGCGACGACUCCGGCCAGAGGCUUCGUGCCUGGUAUGUAGUCGUAAAGAUACAAUGAUGCAUGUUUUCAACUCAUUUAUAUUCCUCAGAAUUCUAUUGCAUGAAUGUGUGAUGUUUGACUUUUAGAUCAACAGCUCGAGAUAAGUUAUUCAUUUUAGUUUUGCGUUGAAUUUGUCUCUUUAUUAGUGCUUGGUACUGGAGCACGUCACCGUGUCAAGCCUUGGCCUGUCUCUGCCCUCACUGGGAAGUUCCAUCGAUUGGAUCUCCCUCCUGAGUCUCCAGCUAAGCAGGUAAACUUGUCAAAGACCUUUCAGAAAAUAAUAUAUAAUUUAGCUGUGGAAUAUGUUUGGAGUGGAAUGACAACUUUUUAUUUGUCCUUAUUUAUAGUUUGUGCUGUUUGUCGGCGACUCGCAUCUGCGUGCGUUGGUUGACCGUUACGUGAGGAUGCCAGACGGUUGCCUUUCGUUUGGGUUCCUGUCUACGCCUGGGGCGUCUGCCGCUGAGCUCCGCACUGAGUUGCUGAACGCAGACAUCCCCAGAACCCCCGACAUCGUUUGCUUGCUGGCUCCAAGCAACAACCUCACGGCGACGCCCGGCAUCGAAGCGGCUGGAGUUGCCUUCCAUGGACUUCUGAGAGCUGCCCGCAGUCGAUGGCCUAAGGUGUUUGUGCUCGAUUUCCCUCCCCGGCUGGCGAGUGAAUUGGCACCGCAACAAUUCCUUCGAGAGGAGUUUCGUCGCGUUGCAGUAAAGAACGGUAUGUAAAAAUGAUUAAGAGAUAAUGUCAGCAUAGAAUAUCUUUGUAGGAAAGCUUUUAGUGUAUCAACACCACCUCUUGGUACCACGUGUAAAAUAUGUAUAUAGUUUAUGGUUUAAUAUUUGUUUUCUUCUGCAGGUGUAGAGUACUGCGUCACAGCUGACCGCUUUCCGCUGGACUCACGUGCCUUGUGGAGUCGUGAUGGGGUAAGUCGUGUUAUAACUUGGCACGUGAGAAAUUCAUGUAAUGUCAUUUUUAUAUGGCAAAAGCAGUUUAUUUCAAUAAUAACCCGUGCUUCUCAUUAUAAUAGAUCCACCUGAGUGACGAUCUGGGGAUGCCGCUUCUCGCGAAGCUUCUGUGGCACUUCUCCUUUCGGCAGCUACAGUCACCUCUGCCUGUUACACCACCGCCUGUGUCUCCUCCCAAGUCACCCCCGACUGUGAGACCCUUUGCUACCACCGUGGUUGUGAAGGGAGAGGUUUCACGUCCACGUCCCCUUGACCCCUUCAAGGAAACUGUCGUCGGACGUCGCGGAAAGCGCAGCCAACCUGAGUCCUGGGAUGCGCCUGAGGACUGGGAUCAGUCUUCCGUGCGGAUCCUUCCUCAUGAGGUUUGUGUGCCUCCUCUGGUCCUGAGGGAGUGCUUUGUCGUGCUAAACCCUAUCCGGUUUAGCACUGACAAGUUGGCUGCAAUGGAUCGCAUUGUUCCAUCCAACCUUGACGUCCCCAUGGGGAAUCGCUCAAAGAAACGGAAGGUGGCACAUGGAACCACGGCUGUGGUCUCCAAAGGAAAGAAGGCCCGCCUUGAGGCACUUCAAACUCCAGCAAGGAUUGCCAAACCUGCGAAGCUGGUACCUCCCCCUCGACCUGUGCCAGAAGCUGCUGUACCAGCCACUCUGGAGGGCAGCGUCUUUGUGCAUUCGAGCAAGUUUGCUCAACCGGAGGGGGAUGACAAGACUCUGUGUGUUGAUGAGUGGCCGUUUCUUCAAACAGAGUUUUGUGAGAAGGUGAACCAGCCAACUGCUCGGGUUGUCUCUGGACAGAGAAAACAAGAGGAGCCAACACCUUGGGGGCCAAAAGUUGUGAUGGCCCAGGCUGAUAAACCAACAGCCAAUGAGACCAGCUUCUUGGGAUGUUCAACCAAGGGGUAA